UGCUGCUGCAAAUGUUGCUGCUCCUGCUGCUCUUGCAGCUCUUCUCGCAGCAGCAGCAGGCCGCCUCUUUCCUCCCCUUGCUGUUUUGCGGUGGCUUGCUGCUGCAGGAACACAGAGCAGCAGCAGCAGCAGCAGCACUAGCAGCACCUGCUGCUGCUCCUGUUGCUGCGCCGGUGUCUCUGAGGAACCUACGGACCUUGAGUGUCUUCUAGCUUCCCUCAGCACCAGAAGCAGCAACAGCAACAGCAGCAGCAGCAGCAGCGACAGCAGCAAUAGAAAGGUUCUCCCCCUGUCUCCUGCAGCAGUAACACUGUUAUGCCUAUACACCUCAGAGCUGCUGCAGCGGCUAGAUGCUUUCCCGAAGCAGCAGCAGCAGCUGCUGCUGCGUGUUGCUGCAGCAGCAGCACAGCUACAUGUACACCGCAACGUUAGCAGCAGAAGGCCCGUUGAAAUUAGGGCAGUGCAGCACUCCCGCUGCUGCCUUGCUGAUUCGGUCAUGAGCAGCAGCAGCAGCAGCAACAGCAGCAGCAGCAGCAACAGCAGCAGCAGCAGCAACAGUGGUUUGCUGCUUCACCCUCAUAGUUGCAGCUCGGAGCUCAGCAUCCAUAGCAAUUUAAGCAGCAGCAGCAACACACUAAUUUGCACAGACGGCAACAACGGCAGCAGCAGCAACAGCAGCAGCAGCAACAGCAGCAGCAGCAACAGUUGCUGCAGCAGCAGCAGCAGUAUUGUGCUUUCUGCUGCUUCGCCUAUAGAUCUGGUCAGUUAUCCCCUGUCUUUGAUGCAUGUAAGAUAUUGUCUCCUUUUAGCAGCAUCAGCAGCAGCAGCCCCAACAGCAGCAGCAGCAGCAGCAACAGCAGCAGCAGCAGCGAAGCAGCUGGCAGACUUCGCUGGUGGGGGCCCUUGGUUGUGGCUGCUGCUGCUGGGGGCAAUUGACAUGCAAUACACUGCAGCACUGCAUCACCUGCUGCAGCAGCACUUGCUGCCCCCGCUGCUGCAGCGCUUGCAACAGCAGCAGCAGCAGCAGCAGCACGAGCAGGAGAAUCAGCAGCAAGAGAAGCAAACGCAGCAGCAACAUCUGCAGCAAGUGCUGCUGCAAUGUGCUGCUGCUAUUGCUGCUGGCCUCGCAAGAUGUACUCUUGAAGAUGCCCGUGAGCCAGCAGCAGCAGCAGCAGCAACAGCAACAGCAGCAGCAACACCAGCAGCAGCAGAACCGGCACCACAAGAGGCAGCAAAAGCAGCAGAAGAUACUGUGACUGAGAUUCUGUGGCCUUGCUGCAACAGCAGCAGCAGCAGCAGCAACAAGAGGAUGCAGAGGCACCAGCUUGUAGCUGCUGCUGUUGACUGCUUGCUGCAGUGCUGGAGCUGCAUGCGCCUUCUCUGUACACCUGAUGAGAAGGAACCACCGCAGCAGCAGUUGCUGCUGCUCCUAGUCGCAGCAGCAGCAGCGCCGCAGCAGCGCAGCACAACACUGAGGGAGAGAAAGAGGCAUCUCCUUGCUGCAGCCAGGAGACAGCAACUGCUGCAGCAGGACUUACUGCUGCAGCAAGAGCUGCAGCAAGACUUACUACGACACGAGCAGUCGUUGCAGCAGCAGCAGCAACAGCAACAGGACCUGCUGCAGCAAGAUCUGCUGCAGCAGGAACAGCAGCAGCAGGAAGCUGAUGACACCACAGCAGGAAGCCCUCCUUCGCAUGAGGGGCCCUUUCCUACUAGCCCACAGCAGCAAACAGCAGCAACAGCAGCAGCAGCAGCAGCAGCAGCUGCUGCUGCAGUGGAAGCAGAAGCAGCAGCAGCAGCAGCAGCAGGAGAUGCCUCUUGUCUAGAUGUGCCCUAUGACAGCAGCAGCAAGAAAACUUCCUUGCUGCUGCAGGUGCUGCAGCAGGAAGCAGCAGCAGCAACAGCAGCAGUAUCAUCAUCCUCAGACAGUGAAGAAGUAAGCCCGGUGUCAGUGUAUGACUGCUGCCUGCAGCAGCAUCAGCAGCAGCAGCAGCAGCAGCAAGGGGGAGCAGAGGCUGGAGCAACUUGUUGCGAUGAUCGCAACUGCUGCUGCAGCUGCUGCUGCAGUAGAGGAGACUCAUGCACCAGUCGUCCUUUUUCUGUGAGGAGCAGCAACAACAACAACAACGGCAGCAGCAGCAGCAGCAACUGCAGCAGUUGCUGCUGCUGCUGCUGCUGCAUCGCGCUGCAGCCGUCUGCCUGUAGGGGAGUCCUCAAGGACACCAUCUUAGGUUUUGCUGCUGCGUUGCAGCAGCAGGGGGCCCCCAUAACCCCGUGUGUGCUGCGGCACUUGCGGCUUACUGCAGCAGCAGCAGCAGCAGCAGAUGCUACUGCUGCUGCUGCUGCCGCGUUACGGGAGGAAGAGCUGCAGCAGCAGCAAGAGGCUAAGAGCGUUACGCCCCCCUUCCUACGCAAGGAGACACUCGAGGUUUUACAAGAAAGACGUCAGCAAGCUAGCAGCAGCAGCAGUUGCAGCAGCAGCAGCAGCAGCGGCAGCAGCAGCAGCAGCAGCAGCAGCAGCAGCAGCCUCAUGAGCAACAACAGGGUAUUGGUUGGAGCGUUCGUUCCUGUUGAUGCUUCACUGUAUGGUGGUGCAUCGGGUUCAGCAGCAGCAUCUGCUUCUACAGCAGCAGCAGCAGCAGCAACAGCAGCAGCAGCAGCAGCAGCAGCAGGAGCAAAAGGGGUGGGGUUGCAGUGUGCUGCUACACUAGCAGCAUUAGAGAGAAUACCAGCACUUAACGACACACAGUACCAGAGCUCUAGCAGCAGCACACAGGGGCAGCAAGCAGCAUUUAUGGCAGGAGCAAGAGCAGCAGCAGCAACAGCAGCAGCAGCAGCAAUAGCGGGAGAGACAUAA